AUGUCUCUGAUACCACCAGAAAAAUGCUUGAAUGAUUCAACUAUUUAUCAUGUGAGCACUGCUAAUCCUUUCAAGCUGGGAAUAUUAGUUCUUGAAUCCAUCCCUCACUUCAUUAUACGGUUCCGGAAAUUACACCCGGAUUAUAGAUUCCCUAGCUCUUUCAUUAACGAUCUCGCAGCAAUACAGUUCACCAAAACAGAAAUAGCGACUCUGAUUUUACUCUCACUGCUCCUCACACUUAUCAGAUAUUUAAUACAAACGAAACUUCAGCGCUCCGCUCUCAGCAAAAGAUUGCUUCCCAGAUACAGUCAUAAGUUUCCUGAGACAGUAUGGAAGCUGGGGUUCUAUGGAUUUGCUUGGCUUAUGUCUCUUUAUGUUAUGAUGAGAACACCCAACUUGAACAUUUUCCACGAUCCUUUAUCCAUGUGGAAAGAUUGGGAGACUGGAUUAACUCCACCAAUUCCAAAGCCUAUCUUAGCUAUUUACACUGUUCAGGCCUCAUUCUACCUUCAUUCAGUUUAUGCGACUCUCUUCAUGGAUCAAUGGAGAAAGGACUCUUGGUUGAUGUUCUUACACCAUUUCAUAGCUUUAGCUUUACUGGCUAUUAGUUAUGUGCAGCGUUUCGUAUUGCCGGGCGCCUUGUUGGUGUUCCUCCAUGAUAACUCUGAUUCAACUCUCGAAAUGGCGAAACUUGGGCAUUUUAUGAAAAAUCGUAAAGAUGGUUCUGAAUCAAAGUUUUGGAAUGUUUUUGGUUUUAUAUCAUUCUGUAUAUUUUGUUUGUUGUGGAUUGUAUUCCGUCUGUACUGGUACCCAUGUAAAUUGCUGUACGCAACUAUUUACGGAGCUGUUUAUCUCGGACCACAAGAUGCCCCACUGUUUCCGGUUCUUGGAAUAAUGCUCGUGCUUAUAUUCGCAAUGAAUGUAUACUGGUUCAAUUUCAUUGCUCGAAUGAUGAUAAGAGUGGCAAUAACCGGAGAAGAGCCAGAAGAUAAUCGUGAAUGGGAUUCACGAGCCGUGUCUGGUCUAGAUGGGAAAGACUUGGAUAAAAUGGCGGCAGAUCGUGAAGGAAAGGAGAAGGCUAUUUAG